AGCUGUAGCUGUAUUUUGUUGCCUUUAGCACUGAUAAACAAAAAAUAGAAGUUCGUGUCUUGUUUUGAUAUUGCAAAUUUUGGGAAUCUGUGUUUCAUUAGUUAAUAUUAUAAAAUAUAACAUGGCUACUGUUGGCAUUCUAGGUGGUGGAAUAAGUGGUUUAUCAUGUGCUUAUUAUUUAAAAACCCUUGGUCAAUUCAAAAUCAAAUAUAUUUUUCUUUUGGAUAAAAAUCCUAAAUUCGGAGGAUGGAUUCAAACUACACGAUUUCCUGAUGGUGCAGUAUUUGAGCACGGACCUAGGACUCUUCGAGUAGGUACAAAAGCUGGAUAUAAUGCUUUAGAAUUAGCAGACAAAUUAGCGCUGUCUUCACGAAUUCUGCCGAUCACAAGAGAACACCCUGUUGCGAAAACUAAUUUUAUUCUUGCUAACAAUCAGCUGCUUCCAUUGCCAAGAGAAAUAUUCAAAUUUUUUCGUAAAUCGCCUCCUUUUUCUAAACCUGUUAUCAGUUAUAUUUUUAAAGAAAUAAGAACUAAGAAUGCACAUUUAGAUGAUGAAUCUGUUUAUGAUUUUGCUACAAGAAGAAUUGGUGAGGAUGUUGCCAGAUAUGCAUUUGAUCCAAUGUGCAGGGGAAUUACAGCUGGUGAUUGCCGUGAAUUGAGUGUGAGAUCAAUGUUUCCAUUUAUGUAUGAAUCUGAGAAAAAGCAUGGAUCUGUGAUCAAAGGAUUAUCAAAGAGCCAAAGGAUUGAAGAUGCUGCAGAUUUUAUAAAGAAUGAUCUUGUUUUAACAGCAUAUAAAGAGAUUUGGAGGAUGUGGACUCUUAAAACAGGUUUAGGUGAAUUAAUUGAUGCUUUAGCUGGAACCAUAGAUGAGCGGGGAAAAACAGAUUUAAUUUUUGAUGCUAAAUGCUCUAGCUUAAAUUUCAAGGAUAAUAAAGUUGAAGUUGUAGCAGAUAAUGAACACAUUGAAGUAGAUCAUGUUUUCUCUAGCAUUCCAUCUCAUGAACUCUCGCCAUUAUUAAGUGGAUAUCCUAUUUUAGCUGAUAAUCUUAAGGCCAUAUCUUCAGUAGAUGUUGCUGUUGUCUAUCUGGAAUAUGAGAAUGACAUUAUUGGUGACAAGACAGGAUUUGGAUAUUUAGUUCCAUCUUUUGAGGAUUCUAAAGUUCUUGGUAUAGUGUUUGAUUCAUGCUGCUUUCCUGAAUUAAAUGGUAGAGGCAAAACACGUCUGAGUUGCAUGAUAGGAGGUCGCUGGUUUAAGAACUUCUUUGGGGAUCCAGAAACUGUUUCAGAGGGUACAUUAUUACAAGUUGCAACGGAAGAAGUAUCUAAGCGUUUCAAUACAGGUGAUAAGCCAAUACGUCACAAAGUUUUAUUGCAAAGAAAUUGUAUACCUCAAUAUGUAGUAGGACAUUAUCUUAAGUUACAAAAUAUCGAAGAAGAAAUAAAGAAAAACAAUUUAAAUCUUUCUUUAAUUGGUGCUUCAUAUAAAGGUGCUGGUGUUCCAGACUGUAUUUAUAAUGCAAGAUUAAGUGUUGAGAAUUAUUUAAAAUCUUUAUGAUAAAAUAAUAAAUUUUAAAUGAUAAAUAAAAAGAAAUAAUAGUUUUGGCUAUCAAAGUUAUUUUAAAUUUUUAUUUGUUUAAUAUUUUUAUAUUGGUAAUGAAUUUCCUUUUUUAUAUGAACAAUUAAAUAUUUCUUUUAUAAUAUGUAAUGACUUAUAUGCUUUCUUAAAUUUCUUGUGAUAAAUUUCUUUAAAGAUUUUUUUUUUCUGUAAAAUAUUUCAUCACAAAUUAAUACCCAACUUAAAAAAAAAUUAUGAUUUUUAUUUUUUGUUCCAAAAUGAUUUCAUAAUCCAAAAUUUUGAUACUUGGAAUUCUUUUAUGUACAUGCUUGGUAAUUCAAGUAUAAAAAUCUU